AUGGCGGCUACGGGCGAGCCCCACAGCUCCCUCUACGACACCAUCGUGGUGGGGGCCGGGAUCCAGGGGUCCUUCACUGCCUACCACCUGGCCAAGCGGGGCAGAGAGACCCUCCUGCUGGAACAGUUCCCCCUGCCUCACUCCCGAGGCAGCUCCCAUGGCCAGAGCCGGAUAAUCCGCCACGCCUACCCCCAGGAGCACUACGCGCAGAUGAUGGCAGAGAGCUACCGCCUGUGGGAGCAGCUGGAAGCUGAGGCUGGCGCCCCGCUGUACAGGCAGACGGGGCUGCUGGUUCUGGGGGCCAACACCAACCCUGAUUUCCAGCGCUGCUGCCAGACCUUGGCACAGCACGACGUCCCCGGCGAGCUGUUCACCACGGAGUCGCUGCACAGGCGCUUCCCCGGCAUCCGGCCCUACUGCGGGGAGGUGGGCGUGUCCGACCGCACUGCAGGGGUCCUCUCCGCGGACAGGGCGCUCCGGGCUGUGCAGGACGGGGUCCGGCGGUGCGGGGGAGCCCUGCGUGACGGGGAGAAGGUGACUGACAUCAAGCCGGGGGUCGUGGUUACCGUGACAACCAGCGGAGGGGUGUACCAAGCCAAGAGUCUGGUGAUUACAGCCGGCCCCUGGGCCAAUAAGCUCCUGGCCCCGCUGGGACUGCAGCUGCCUCUCCAGACGCUGCGCAUCAACGUCUGCUACUGGAAGGAGAAGGUCCCCGGGGCUUAUGGGGUCUCAGCGAAUUUCCCCUGCUUCCUGGCCCUCUGCGCCCCCCACCACAUCUACGGGCUGCCCUCCAACGAGUACCCAGGACUGGUGAAGAUCUGCUAUCACUCUGGCAGCCCGGCAGACCCCGAGGAGCGUGACCGGCCGCCCGAGGCCUCGGCCCUGCCCGACAUCCAGAUCCUCCAGGACUUCGUCAGCAAAUACCUGCCAGGGCUGGUGCCGGAGCCGGCCGUGGUGGAGCACUGCAUGUACACGAACACCCCAGAUGAAGACUUCGUUCUGGAUCAGCACCCCAAGUUCAGCAACAUCGUCAUUGGGGCGGGGUUCUCGGGCCACGGGUUCAAGCUGGCGCCAGUGGUCGGGAAGCUCCUGUGCCAGCUCAGCGUGGGGGAGGAGCCGUCCUAUGCCAUGGAGCCGUUUCGCAUCCGCCGCUUCCCAGCCCUGCCCGCCGCUGCCCUGUAG